GAUUUACAUGUAUUAUGAAAAGUGGUAUUUAAAUAGGUGAAAAAUUAGAACGAGUAAUCGAUCUAAAUACUCCAGGUGUUUAUGGACAUCGAAAUUCAUUAUUUAAUUUCCAUUACGCCUUAUAAGACGUACAGCACGCUAUACAUCAGUACAUACCAAUACGCUUUACAUCAGUAUAAGAAGAUUUCAAUACGCUAAACACCAGCAGUUACUUCAUUUAUCACAUAAGAAGAUAACGAUACGCUAAACACCAGCAGUUACUUUAUUUAUCACAUAAGAAGAUAACGAUACGCUAAACGCCAGCAGUUACUUCAUUUAUCACACAAGAAGAUAACGAUACGCUAAACGCUAGCAGCUACUUCAUUUAUCACAUAAGAAGAUAACGAUACGCUAAACGCCAACAAUUACUUCAUUUAUCACAUAAGAAGAUAACGAUACGCUAAACGCCAGCAGUUACUUCAUUUAUCACAUAAGAAUAUAACGAUACGCUAAACGCCAGCAGUUACUUCAGUUACCAAAUGAAAUAUCAGAGACCUAGACUUACACUAUACUUUGCUGUCUCGUUGAUAAUUUGUCUUACAAUGGUACUUGCCUAUUUGGAUUUCAAAUUUACUUUGAUUCCGCGAAUGGCGUACAAUUUAGGACAUGUUGAAGAAGACAAUUAUGUUCAUAAAUUUGAAGACAUAUUUAACGAUACAACAAGAAAGACAAAGAAGAUACUAGUAUGGACACCAUUUUUCAAAACAGUAGAAAAAUGGGCUAAAGGAAUAAAUAAUGAUUUACAAAAUUGUGAUUACGCAUGUACAGCAACCUAUAAUCGAGGGAAUCUUCCGCUGAGUGACGCCAUUAUAUUUCAUGACGCUGAUAUAGACAUUAAUGAUAUACCAGGCCUAAGAGUUCGUCGACAACCAUGGAUUCUAUAUACUCUUGAACCAACUGCCUUAAUAAAAAAGAAUUAUAACUGGAUGAAUGGGAUUUUUAAUUGGACAAUUUCCUACAGGAAUUAUUCGACUAUUCUUGGUUCCUAUGGAGGUUAUGUGCCUAAAAGCAAGAACACGCCAACGCCACCGCUUGUGUCUUUAAAAAACAAAAACAGAACCAUGUAUGCAUCUAUAAGUAAUUGCCAUGAUGCUGGUAGACGAUUUAAAUUGAUAAAAGAGAUUAUGAAAUAUAUUGAUGUGGAAUUGUUCGGCCGUUGUAGCAAUCGGAAGUGUACUAAUUUUAAUGGUCCAUGCCAUCCAAAAGAAAUAUUGAAUUUAUAUAAAUUUAGACUAGCUUUUGAAAAUUCUCAUUGUCGUCAUUACGUGACUGAAAAAUAUUGGAGUACUUUGGCGGAAAGUGAUACUAUUCCUAUUGUUAAUUGGAUUCAUGGGCAAAUAAACCCAACUGUAAUACCAAAUUCGUAUAUAAAUUUCUUUGACUUCAAAAACAUAACUGAUUUUGUUAAUUAUAUAGAGAAAGUGAGUACUAACGAGACUCUUUUCCAACAGUAUUUUGAAUGGAAGAAAAAAUACCAACUUGGGAAAGCUAUCGGCGAUUAUUGCAUGCUAUGUGAAAAACUCCACAAACCAUACCAAUCUCAGGUAUAUACGGACCUCGGGGGAUGGUUCAAAGAAGAUACAUGUACCAAAUACAGCUUGAUUGGAAUGGCUGGAAGAUGGGUAGACAGAAGAAUUUUUAACAUUUUUAAUAAAUGAUCAUUAAUCAAUUGUGCGGUGUCAAAAACUAGGAUGCGAAUCUUACAUAUAUAAUGGUUGAUACUUUCAAAAGCUUAUAAACCUGAACAUGGAAGUUUAGCCUGCGAAAUGUCAAUAAUUUAACAGACAAAUAAGAAAACCCAAACCCGUAACAGCUUUGUCUGAGGAGGUCAGAUGAAUAAUUAGUUAAGGGGCCCAGAACAUUAUAGCGAAAAAAUGGAGAGCUUAAUUCAUUAGGUUAAAAUUAAUUUGACAGCUUAUACUUCUUCACAGUUUUGUUUAUUCAUAACUAGAUGUUUAUAUCAAUAUUAAUUUGAAUGUUGUUUAAAAAACCAAGGAUAAUAACGUGCUAUUCUUGGAUCGACGAAGUAUUGUUUUCAAGGCCAUGCUAUAGAAUGGUAUAUAAUAAAAAUUACAUUAAAACGUAAAACUGCUCAA